UUGCCAGCAGUCGUCAGUCAGUCAGUUCUCGAUCGGAGAGUGCCAAGAAGAGCGAGUACGCGUUUUUCGGGAGUGUGAAUAAAAUUAUGUGUGACUGUCACUUUCUCGAUUGAAAAAAAUUUCGGUGAACGCGAGUUUCGUCUUUUGUGUCCAAUUGUGCAGGAAAUAAUAUAACGGGGACAGAAUCAAUGUUCCAAUAAACGACGCGUAACAUUGCGAUAGUUGCGAUUAGUGUAGUUUUCGUUCCGAGUUUGGUCCGAUUUCGAGUCGAUUCGUGGUAGUUCUAGAAAAGCAGCAAGAAGCAGAAGGAAGCAUCCGUGAGAAACAAUCGCAGCAAUAAUGGCUGGACAAACGAUUAACGAUAGGCUUCUGGCCGCGAGACACAGCCUGGCGGGGCAAGGGCUGGCCAAAUCCGUCUGCAAGGCCACAACCGAGGAGAUGAUUGGACCGAAGAAGAAGCAUUUGGAUUAUUUGGUGCACUGCACAAAUGAACCAAACGUGUCAAUCCCACAUUUGGCUAAUUUACUUGUUGAGAGGUCACAAAAUGCCAACUGGGUUGUUGUAUACAAGGCUCUCAUUACAACACAUCAUAUGCUGGCAUAUGGAAAUGAGAGAUUUAUUCAGUACUUAGCAUCCAGCAAUUCUUCCUUUCAAUUGAACAAUUUUCUGGAUAAAGGCGGUGUACAAGGUGCCGUCGGAGCAAGAAUGGGAUACGACAUGUCUCCGUUCAUUCGGCGGUAUGCAAAAUACUUGAACGAAAAGGCACUUUCUUAUCGUACAGUUGCAUUUGAUUUCUGCAAACUGAAAAGAGGGAAAGAAGAGGGUUCCCUCCGGGUUAUGAAUGCUGAUAAAUUGUUGAAAACAUUACCCGUGCUACAAGCGCAGUUGGAUUCAUUGCUUGAGUUUGAUUGUACAGCCAACGAUUUAACAAAUGGUGUUAUCAAUAUGUGUUUUAUGUUACUGUUUAGAGAUUUAAUUCGAUUAUUUGCAUGCUACAAUGAUGGUAUUAUUAAUUUAUUGGAAAAGUAUUUUGACAUGAACAAGAAACAAUGUCGAGAUGCGUUAGAUCUAUACAAAAAGUUUUUGACCCGCAUGGAUCGGGUUGGAGAGUUUCUUAAAGUGGCCGAAAACGUGGGCAUUGACAAAGGUGACCUACCAGAUCUUACCAAAGCACCUAGUUCCUUGUUGGAGGCUUUAGAGCAACAUCUAGCGACAAUGGAAGGCAAGAAAGGAUCCGCCGCCAAUACACCGACACAGACUGCAAACAAUCAAAAGAACGUAAAGAGUGGAGUGACCGCCCUAUCUUCUACUAGUUCUUCUUUUGGAACCGCUGCCGCGUCAACGAAGUUUGACAACCCUACCAAUGGUAGCAUUGAUGAGAGUCUCAAAGCUCAAGUUUUGGCGGAGGAGGAAGCUGCUAUGAAUCAAUACAAAUCCAAAGUAUCCUCACCGACGGCUAGCGGUGGCGCCACGGCCAUGACCAAUCCGUUCCUGUCGUCUCCUCCUGCAACACAAGGAAACAUUGUAGAUCUCUUCGGUGGAACCGAUGCUCAGCCUGCUAAUGCGUCGAAGGCAUCUGACGAUUUGCUCCAGCUAGGAAACCCAUUCGCAGAUAUGUUUGGUGGUCCGCAACCAGCUGCCGUUGCACCAGCGGCAACAACGACUGCAAACAACAUGUGGAUGAGCAACGGAUUCAAUGGAACGGCAGGGGGUCCUGCGGUGGCAACAACUGCUCCUGCGAGCGCCGGUAAUACUUUCGUAUCUGACAGCAAUUUCUCAUCGGUGUUUGGUAACACUGAACCAAUUGCUAUGGACAGUUCAGUACCAAACCCCUUCUUGAUCGACGAAUUAGAUGCCAAUUCUCAACCGCAAACGCAUCCCACUCACGUACAACCUCAGCAACAAAUAAUCGCAGGAUUUGAUGCGUUGGGUGACGUACUAAAACCCGGAAAUAUUGGUUACACUGGUCAUGCCCAAACUGCAGCUGGCGUAAAUGUUGCUUCACAACCAACCGCAAUUCCAGGUAGCGCUGUGCCAACGUCAGCAGCUCAGCAGACCGGCAAAGUCCUAACAGGCGAUCUCGACAGUUCACUAGCAUCUCUGGCGGAAAGUUUAUCGAUAAACAAAGGAUCAUCACCUCAAAUCAAGAACGUCCAGUGGAAUUCACCAAAAAAUACAGCGAAACCUGGCUCCGCUGGAUGGUCACCUCAACCACAGCCAGCGACUAAUCAAACGGGCUAUAAACCUAUGGCGCAAGGUAUGACAGUUACUCCUGCCCCUAGCACUAUUCAUCCAAUUAUACACACUUCCUACCCCGUAGUGUCACCGUAUAUGCUACAGCAAGGUAUACCACAAAUGAGACCAAUGAUGGGAGCACCAAUGGCCGGAGCACCACAAAUGGGAGGCAUGAUGCCAAUGGCGUCGGGUAUGGUUCCGAUGCAGCAACCCACACAGCAAGGAGUAAUCAUGGGACAACCUGGGCUAAUACAAGGUCAGCAGGUACAGCAACAGCCAUCGAUGGCAAACACCAAUGUACAGUUGGAUCCGUUUGGAGCACUGUAAAAAAUAUCGAAAUUGCGACUGGACGUACGUAGGAACACUUUCAUUGCAAUAAUAUUGUGUAAUUAUUUAAACAGGAGAAACCAUAACAAUCCCCACACAAUGACUCUGAGGAAAACAAUAAGUUUAUAUCUAUGAUAUUUAUUACUUACAGAAAAAAAUAUCACAUAUAACUAUCGCAUGAGAUGUGAGUUCACAGAACUCAAUAAAUAAGCUUGUAAAAAUAGAAUGGACAAAAAAUAUUUAAAAAUGUUGAAACUGACAAAUUCAAAGAUCUAUAAUACUUGUUGUCGGCGAAUAUUGUGCUUGCGCGUAUUCAUGUAACCAUAAAAUAUACAACAAAAUUAUCGCAGAUAUUUGAUUUUUUUUCAUAGAUACUAUAAUCUCGACAUGAAAUAAUAGUCCUAUUGCUUCGCAUUAUAUAAAAUAAAUUGUUUUUGAGUUACGCCAAUACGCUUAGGUUUGUGGUAAAAAAAAACAAUUUUGGAUUCUUCCCUGUACAGUAUAGCUUUGUGUAAUGAAUCUUGUUCACAUGUGUUAACGAGAACUGUUGAUACAUUUCGCUGGUUCGUUGAUAUCGAUAUAUUAAUACACUCUUCUUCUCAAUUGUUACACAUCAUGCGUGAUGUGGAGAAAUGGCAUAAACAAUAUUCAAGUAUGUAAUAUCUAACCGCCAGUACAAUAUGUUGAGACUAAGAAAACACGCGAAACUGUAGAACAAGCAAAAAUGUGACACAAUAGAGUAUUGAACAUAAAGCCAUGGAUGAGUAAUUUUAGGGACAAAUUAAAGUCAAGUAAUGUAAUAAGUUAUUAAAUAAUACAUAAAUGCUUGAAAAUAGAACAUUACCUAUUGUAAAUAUACUGAAGAAAUGUUAAAAGUGAA